AUGGAAUUGCAAUCAUAUAAUAUAAAUUUAAAAGAACCACUGGCAUCGAAUGCUGAAUGGUUUCAGGAAAAAUCAGCACAAGUAGGUGUUAUUUAUUGAUCAAAUGAUAAUACAGCUCGUUUGUGGGAUUUUAAUAAUGGACAAGAAAUUUAUAAAUAUGAACUUAAUCAUAAUAUGGCAGCUGUGUCAGCAGUCAGAAUCAAUCAUGAUACAACUCGUUUGUAUUCAUCUGGUUGGGAUAAGACGAUUCAUUGUUUUGAUAUAGAAACUGGUAAACAAAUAUGGCAAGGUAUUCAAAAACAUAUUAUAACAAGUUGUCAAAUAUCACAUGAUGGUUAUAGUUUAUGUUCAGGUUCUGAUAUCGAUGGUAUUAUAACUAUAUGGGAUACAAAAACUGGUCUUGUAAAAACUUCUAUUCAUAAUUUACAUGAAUCAACUAUAACAAGUUGUCAAUUUAAUAUUACAGAUGAUCGAAUUGUAUCUACAUCAUCAGAUAAAACAACAAAGUUUUUUGAUCUUAUUUCUCAUCGUCAUACAGUGACAUUAAGAGAUCAUAAAAGUGUUGUAUCCAACUGUACAUUUAAUGAGUAUGAACAUUUAUAUGCAACAUGUUCAUGGGAUAAAACGAUUCUUCUUUAUGAUAUUACAACAGGGCGUUUUCGACAUGAAGGACCGUUAAUGUUACCUAAAUUACAUGAAGGAUCGAUUGCUGCAUGUCACAUGUCAAAUGAUGGGAAAGUUCUUGUCACUGGAGGCUAUGAUUUAAGAGUAAUACUUUGGGAUAUUGAGAAUAUGACAUGUAAACUUGGACAUCGUGAUUGGGUCAAUGAUGUAUGUUUAACAAGUGAUAAUAAAUGGAUUAUUUCAGUGUCAAAUGAUUGUGAUAUUCGAUUAUGGUAUAUUGCAAAUUGUGAUGAAAUAAAAAAAGAUAUAGAAAAAGGAAAAAAAUUUAAAAAUAUAAAAUUUACUGAUUGUAUCAAAUGUGGAAAAACAUUUUCAAUAAAUAAAUUAAUAUAUGAUAAUUUAUCAAAAACAUUUUUAUGUGUUUUUUGUCAUCGAGAACAAUAA